AUGUUCUUCUGCUACCGCUCGUACCGGCACUCCCGACGAAAACGCCAGCGCCUCCUAACACUCGCCCUCCCCGUCCUCGCCUUCCUCACCCUCACUCUCCCAUUCUACAUAAUCUACAAACCUCCCCAAUUCGUCGUCUCCUACCUGGCCAGCAAAUACCCCGACAUCCUCUGGCAUGUUCCGAACCUUAAGCCGGGCGCCCAGCCAAUUGUCGCCUUAACAGUCGAUGACGCUCCCACCAGAUACACACCACACAUCCUCAACCUCCUCCGCGAGAACGACGCCCACGCGACUUUCUUUCUAAUCGGCGACCACAUACCCGGUAAUGAGGUGUUGAUGCGUGAUGCCGUGAACGAGGGCAACGAGCUCGCGAACCACGCCAUGUUCGACGAGCGGUCCAAAGACCGAAGCGACCAGGAACUCGAGGCCCAGAUCCAAGCCGUGCAGAGUCAUAUCCAGCGGAUAUACGCCAUGGCCGGCCGCCAGGCUGAAGCGCACGAUGAAGGGCUGAGUGAAGUCGGUGAAAGUAUUCCGGCGGUUCCCGGCGGUCCUGGACGGUACUUUAGGCCUGGCUCUGGGGUGUUCUCGGAUCGGAUGAGGGCGCUUGUCCAGCGGUUGGGAUUCCGCCUUGUGCUUGGGAGCGUGUAUCCGCAUGAUCCGCAGAUUAGUGUUCCGUGGGUGAACGCGGCACAUAUCUUGAGUAUGGUCAGACCGGGAAGUAUUAUCAUUGUGCAUGAUCGGAGGCCCUGGACGGUGCCGAUGUUGUCGAUUGUUUUGCCGGAGUUAAAGAAGAGAGGCUAUAGAGUUGGUACGGUAUCGGAUUUGCUUAAAGAGGGCGUGGCUCCAUAG